AUGAAGGUACAAAACUCUCUAGCUCUGAAUUUCAUCCUUCUGACUGCUGUUAUUUGCUAUCCAGCUAUCCAGAAGGAGAAGAAAUCAGGCCCCCACAAACUCCUCCUGAUCUCCUUCGACGGCUUCCGGUGGAAUUACGAUGAGGAUGUGGACACUCCAUACCUGGAUUAUCUGACCAAGGAAGGAGUGAAAGCAAAAUACGUUACACCUCCCUUUGUGACUAUGACUUCGCCUUCGCAUUUUACAAUUAUCACAGGCCGCUGGAUUGAAGAUCAUGGAGUCAUCCAUAAUAUGAUGUUCAACACAGAAACUCUACGGAAGUACGGCUAUAAAGAAACGCAGAACAAGACUGAAUGGUGGGACAAUGGAGUUCUUCCCCUCUGGAUCACAGCUCAAAAUCAGGGGAAAAAAACUGCCUCUUUUCACUAUCCAGGGGGCAAUGCUAACUAUAGUGGUCAGUCAGUCAUGAGAACCUUGGCAGAAUCCUACACUCAUCCUGACAGCAAUGAGACAGAAUGGAGAGAGAACAUUGAUAUUGUCAUGGACUGGUUCGCUAAAGAAGAUUUUGAUUUUGUCACACUUUAUUAUGGGGAACCUGACAGUACUGGGCAUUACAUUGGCCCAGAGACUGACGCCAGGAGAAAAAUAAUCCAACAAAUUGACCGAACCAUCGGUUACCUGCUCACCGCAAUAGAAGAACACAGUUUGAAAGACACCCUCAAUGUCAUCAUUACAUCUGAUCAUGGCAUGACCACUGUCAAAAAGAAACCACAGAUUGAAGAGAUCUUGUUGGCCAAUUACAUUAAAUUCAGAGACUUGGUGAAGUUCGACAUUGUUGAUUAUGGAGGGUUUGGGAUGAUACUACCCAAACCAGGGAAAGAAGAGGAAAUCUACCAGGCGUUGAAAAAUGCGCACCCUCAUUUGCAGGUCUACAAAAAGGAAGAGUUUCCUGAACAUUUUCAUUUUGCCAAGCACGAGCGUGUGUUGCCAAUCCUAUUUUAUGGCGAUUCUGGUUAUGUGAUCAAUGGGAGGUGGAUUAUCUAUGUUAACAAAGGUGACCACGGAUUCGACAACAAAGGCAUGGAUAUGAAGACCAUCUUUAGAGCUUUUGGUCCCGAUUUCAAGAAGGGAUAUUUAGCAGAACCUUUUGACAGCAUCCACAUUUAUCCUCUGAUGUGCAAGCUCCUAGAAGUCCAGCCAGAACUGAACAAUGGUUCUCUGGCAUUUACUGAAGACAUGCUCAGUUUGGCAGCAUCAGGCAAGUGCCUUAUGCCUGUCUUAGGUUUUGGAACGAUAAGUCUCCUCUUUCUCCUGAUGUCUAUCUAG